AAAACGGGGAGUAAAGAAUUUUUCUCUCGCCAAUACAAGACUAACACUGACCUCAACAGUGGAUUUCUCGCGCGUUCAGAUGUUUCUGAGGGGACAAGAAGAUGGAAAGGACACAUUUUCUCCACCAUUCAGUUUGAGGACUCGCUACAAUCGAGAGGUAACAGACCAACUGCUGGUGUGGUAACUGUUGCCUGCGUUUGGUAGCAGAUCCUCGAAUAAUCACCUGAUACGUUUGGCUGCGCCCAGAUGUAAUCCUCACGGAUAGAUCCCCCCACCAUAGAUCACCCAAACCUGAGGAGGGAACGGCUGUGGACAGGAUUGGUGCAUGUGGCUGGGCUCUGAGGCUGGAGAAGAGGAGAGACAAUCAGAGACUGUGCACACAGGGUGUGAGAAGAAGAGAGGAGAGGAAGGGGAGCGCGCAAUCCCUCACACCACAUCGACUUUAGAGCUGAUCUCCAGCGACCCUCCAUCCUCUUCUUCACUACAGCACCUCUGCGGGGUCUGUGAAUGAGGAGCAGGAUGAUUCUGGAGCGCCUGCUUUUUCGUGCGUUCGUGGGAGGCUAGCGUUUUGGGGAGCCUACUGGUUUCUCCAUUCGGGGGUCUCUCAAUAAGCCAUAAUAAUAAGCUAUGUGUAAUUCAAGCUAAUUGUAUUUGUUUCUUUUUUCUUUCUUUUUUUUCUUUUUUUUUCGGAGUUGCAACAGAUAGCACCCAAAACGGUCUCUGUCAUUUGGCUGUGCUUGCACUUCAACUCGUUCCACGGUCGCGCGCGUGCGAGCGUGCACCAGCGUCGCGAACUCAGCGCUGGUAUCACCCGGACCUUGGCCGAGACAUGCCUGAGCGAGCGACGCGAUGGUCCAAGGCGACGAGAAAGACCGCGUUGUGAUUAACGUGGGCGGCAUCCGGCACCAGACGUACCGCAGCACCCUGCGCACUCUCCCGGGGACGCGCCUGGCCUGGCUCGCGGAGCCCGAUGCGCACAGCCACUUCGACUACGACGCCCAGAUCGACGAGUUCUUCUUCGACCGGCACCCAGGCGUCUUCGCGCACAUCCUCAACUACUAUAGGACGGGCAAGCUGCACUGCCCCGCGGACGUGUGCGGGCCGCUCUACGAGGAGGAGCUCGCCUUCUGGGGCAUCGACGAGACGGACGUGGAGCCGUGCUGCUGGAUGACUUACCGGCAGCACCGCGAGGCCGAGGAGGCCCUGGACAGCUUCGGCGGGGGACCCGCCGAGAUGGGCAACGACGACACAGAAGGGGACCUGGGUGACCCGGGCGACGGCGACGAGGAACUGGAAAUGACCAAGAGGUUGGCCCUGGGGGACGCACCUGACGGCAAAGCGGGGGGCUUGUGGCAACGCUGGCAGCGGCGCGUCUGGGCACUCUUUGAGGACCCCUAUUCUUCUAAAUAUGCAAGGUGGGUGGCAUUUGCCUCUCUGUUCUUCAUCCUGGUGUCUAUAACCACAUUCUGCCUGGAGACACACGAGGCCUUCAACCCCAUCAUCAACCGCACGGACAUUGACCCCCUGGACAACAGCACGCGGAUCUACCAGGAGACGGAGACUGAGGUGUAUCUGACCUACAUCGAGGGUGUGUGCGUGGUGUGGUUCACCUUUGAGUUUCUCAUGCGCAUCACCUUCUGUCCCGACAAAAAAAAGUUUAUCAAGAAUGCGCUCAACAUCAUCGACUUUGUGGCCAUCCUGCCUUUCUACCUGGAGGUAGGCCUGAGCGGUCUGUCCUCCAAAGAGGCUAAGGAUGUGCUAGGGUUCCUGCGGGUGGUCCGAUUCGUGCGGAUCCUCCGGAUUUUCAAGUUGACGCGCCAUUUCGUAGGCUUGCGGGUCCUGGGCCACACCCUGCGGGCCAGCACCAAUGAGUUCCUCCUCCUCAUCAUCUUCCUGGCCCUGGGCGUGCUCAUCUUCGCCACCAUGAUCUACUAUGCCGAACGAAUCGGCGCCAAACCGAACGACCCACGGGCCAGCGAGCACACGCACUUCAAGAACAUCCCCAUCGGCUUCUGGUGGGCUGUGGUCACCAUGACUACACUUGGCUACGGAGACAUGUACCCGCAGACAUGGUCGGGCAUGCUGGUGGGCGCGCUGUGUGCUCUGGCUGGUGUGUUGACCAUCGCCAUGCCCGUGCCAGUCAUCGUCAAUAACUUUGGAAUGUACUACUCACUGGCCAUGGCGAAGCAGAAGCUACCAAAGAAAAAGAACAAGCAUAUCCCGCGUGCCCCACAGUUGGGCUCCCCCAAUUUCUGUAAGUCGGGCAUGAACUCGCCCCACCACAGUACGCAGAGCGACACAUGCCCGCUGGCCGCCCAGGAUGAGGUUUUAGAAAUGAACCGAGCAGAUCCCAAAGUGAACGGCGAGGCGGCCAAGGCGGCGCUGGCCAACGAAGACUGUCCACACAUAGACCAGGCCAUUUCCCCCGAGGACGGCCAGAUCUUUAGCCCCUGCGAACCGCGGGGGGACACCCCGUGUUUCCUUCUGAACAUGGCUGGCCGACCCACACACACGGGCACCAGAGUGAGGAAGGGUUACCAAAAGUCCCGGAGCAUGGGCACCAUAGUGGCGUCGGUAUCCGCUGGGUCCCGCGGCCGCCCUGCUCUCCUGCAGCGCUCCCAUUCGCCCAUUCCCUCCAUCCUCUAGGGAAUGAAUGGUGGAGUGGUAGGGAGCACUCUCCCUGGGUCAAUCCUACUCCUAGAGUCCCAUAAACCCUUCCUUGCUACUCCCAUCCUGUCCUGCAGUGUUGAUCUGCUCUGUCCGCCUCUCUGGUCAUCACCCCAAGGAGUUAUGCUGCUGUCCCCAGCUUCUCCCCCUUGUCUCAAUGGCUCUUUGUCACUGCUGUUUGUCUUGUCUUUGCCUUCAGGCUUAUGCAGAGCCAUUAGAGAGAAAGCUAACGUCAAAAGAAUGUUCAGAAGUUCUCAGGGAAAGUGUAGGCCAGGUUAUUGUACCCUAUUGUCCAUCAUUUGACUCAGUUACAGAGUUUACAUCUGAGAUUAAACACAUGCCUGAGGUUCUGUCUGAUCCUCCCUCUUUAUAGUAAUUUUUUGCACUGUGGCCCUCUUUUGUUCACCAGCAGACACACAUGCAUAUCCAUGCAAACCUACACGCACUCAGCUAGCCGAACCUCUACAAGAAAUCUUUUGAAUGUAGUCAGUCAGCGGCAACCUGUAGCUUCCUCCAGUCCCACAAGCCAAGAUUAAAGCCCAAGAUGUUUUCCUAGACAUCCUGCACCUCUUCUUUUCGUUUUGUUUCUUGAUCCAACCUACUCUGGCCAACCUACCCUGCUGCAACCCCCCAUGCCCCCCAUCUUUAUUCUCCUUUACCUGCAAAAUGGGUCAUCAGAUAUGUCCCAUCCAAAGGUACCUGGUAGCAAGGCCCCUCAGAAACGUCUCCUGCAUGCCAGAGACUUCCGUUCUCCUCUCUCUGCUAUCCCCAGCAACUGUCUCUCUCUAUUCUUUCCUUCUUUCUGUAUGUCCCUGUCCAUUGCUCUUUCUCUCUACUCUAUUUUUUUGUAAUCUGGAUUGUGAAAGAAACCGAUGCUGUUCUUUCUGCCAUAAACCCACGUCCGUGAGAAGUCUCUUCACAUUGUUGUUCCUCCACCUCCUCCUGCUCAUUGUCUAAGAUGAGUUGAAUGACCAAGGCCCAGUGGCAGGAUGACCUUCAGCAACCCCACCUCCCCUGUAUUCUCUACCGCAGAUCCCUGUAAAGAGGAGACUGUCCUAGUUAAGUAUAUGCAGUCAGAAGUGCUCCGCGUGACCUGAGAGGGACCACAGCGACUCAGGGAGGGGAACUGACCCUAGAGUUUCCCCCUCUCCAGCGUUUCUUGGCUCUACAAUGGCUUGAGAGCUUUGAGGUCGCUUUCCAAAGGAGAGAUGACAUAUAGAGAGAGAGAGAGACAGAGAGACAGAUAGAGAGAGAGACAGGACAAUGGAUAUUGGUAGUGGAACAAACGAUUUUUCUUCACAAAGAACGAGUUUCUGCAUGAUGAUCCCUCGAAGGCACAAGGAGUCUCAUUGACAAGGACUCUUUUUUAAAAGGACUAAAGGUGUGGACAGUGUAUCAACACCGAAGGCAUCGUACAAUCUGUUGACAGGCUUGACAAGAGUUGGAAUAAGCUUAAUAAUCAAUGGUUCAUUAUAGCCACUAACCAUACUAAUGAUAUUACCUACAAUGUCCUUGGUGACAAGUGUAGAAGACUCUUAACAGUACAUUUUAGCAUGAGUUGCAUGGUGGUAUAUAAAAAAGAAGAAAAAAAAAAAGAAAAAUGCUUACCGCUGUUAUGAAUAUCUGUAUGAAAAAAAAAGAUAUAUUUUCUUUCAGAAGUUCUUCACUUUUGCAUACAUUUCAUGUAGCCAUGAUUACAAGAUGUUCAAAGACAGUGUACUUCUCCUUAGCAGCAAAAUCCUUCACGUUUUUCUUCCAAAUUUUCAUUUGUGCUACCAACCACAUGUGAACCAGCUCUGGUCAUAUUGACCUCAAAUUCUGAAUGAGAGACAAGUGACUGCUGAGGAAGACGGUAAAAAAAAAAACAAACAAAAAACAUGUUAGCAAGCUUUCUAUGUGGUAAAUUCAACUUUUUCAUCUUGUUUC